AUGGAGGGGCAGCGAUGCUUCUGCAUCGUUGUGUUUCUCGUCCACACUGCAAUAGGAGCUGGAGAAGGUUCAACCAAUCAGCCAUCAACGGAGCGCGUUGAAUCCAAUGAGCUAACAGUUUCCUUCCCUCCAUUGGAAGAUCUCUACACCAGCACCUUGGAAAAGCACUUCGCUACUGAGAAUAACACUGUAGUCACUUCUCAGACGGGGUCUACUGCCCUCCUGCCGUGCGUGAUCAGAAAUAUUGGAGAUGGAAUCGUGUCAUGGAUACGGAGAAAAGACUACCACUUGCUGACAGUUGGUCUGACCACAUACAGUUCUGAUCAACGAUUUCAAGCAAUACAUUUACAACAUUCAGAGGAUUGGACACUUAAGGUUCGGUUCGUGCAGAGUCGUGAUGCAGGUAUCUACGAGUGUCAGGUGUCUUCGCAUCCGCCCACCAGCAUAUUUCUACACUUGGAUGUAGUAGAGGCUCGCGCUCAAAUAUCUGGGCCAACGGAUAAGUACCUCAAGCCUGGUUCAACUUUAAGGCUUCAAUGCUCCGUCGUACAAACUACAGAAGCACCAGCCUUUGUAUUCUGGUACCACAACAGUAGAAUGAUAAACUACGACGCAGAACGGGGCAUCAACGUCACAACAGAUACAGAGCAGCGUCUGUCAGAUCUUCUCAUUCCAGCUGCGAGUGUGUCGCACGCGGGCAACUACACCUGCGUGCCCAAUAACGCGGUCCCCGCUAGCAUUUAUGUCCACAUAUUUAAUGGCGAAAAUCCAGCGGCCAUGCAGUCGUCCUCACCGAGUUACAUCCAUCUAAGCAUAUUGCACAGUUUGUACACAACAGUAGUCCUAUACGCUAUCCGGUGA